GUCCCAACAAUAUCAAGAGAUAGAUACCUAUGUGGUGUUAAAUAGUGGAAAUAAUGUAUCAAUCAGAUGAAUCAUUUCUCAGUGUGAAGAACGUAUUUGUAAAACUUUAGGAGAGCUUUCGUCACAUAGGCCUUCCUAUGGUUCAUUAUGCAGCUUCCCACGUUGUACAGUAGGCUAUAUAGACAAGAGGAGGCUUAUGGGUAAAUGAGACGGCUGUGUUUGCAUGUUGAUAUCAGAAGAGGGAGGAGAGAGAUCUAGCUCUGGAAGUGGAGUAUGUAGUGUACGAGGACUCCACGGUGGCUAACUGUAGUUAGCCAUUCCGACAAACCUUUGUUUUUGGGCAUGCAGGGAUAAAUACCCAUGUAGUGCAUGCGAGAAGAACUGACCAUAGAAAGUUUAACGAUUCAUCACGCAAGCUAUUUUGGAGAACGCCAUUCUUACCCUGUACAUUUGCCUACGACUGUGAGGCAGUCACAAAAUCCAUGUAAUUUGAGAGUUUCUAAAGUUGGAUUUUAAACACUGCGGACUGUUUUAGAAACACAUUUUUGAAAUUGAAGCAAAGCAUUUCGGAGCGCCCAAAAAGAGAAGGGGAGGGGGGUCAAAGAAAACGCCCUGCUGCUGAAUCUUCUAAAAAUGUUAACUUAAUCGCCGUGUGGACCUUAGAGAACAUUUAUAUUGAAUAUGUUACCAUAAGUUUUACCUUCAUUUGCGUUUAACGACAUCUCCUAACUAAUUGGCAAGUUUGAGGAGCGGCGCUUCUCCCUUCACGGUGGAUUAUGUUUUCCCCUUCAUUGUGGACACUGUAAUUCCGAAGCGAUUUCAGAGGGCGGUGAGUCGGAGGCUGCUAGGCCCACGGCGAUUGCUCAAGAACUAAAAUAUAUUUUUCUCAUGUAAACUCUUAAGACUUCUCAUAAGGCUCGUCUUAUAUGUAAACGAAACGGGCAUUAAUCAAUCGCAAAGAUGUCGCUUGGUGCAGAGAGAAGGAUGGAACACCGGUUGAAAAAGCUGGAGGCCAUGAUCAAAGAUCCAAGAUCUGCGAUAAACUUAGAAAGUUUACUGGAUUCUAUCAAUGCCUUCGUUCUAGAUCUGGACUACCCUGCCUUACGGAAAAACAAAAACAUAGAAACCUUUUUAAACAGAUAUGAGAAGGUGAUGGGCCACAUACGAGACUUUCAGAUGAGGUCUGAGGACUUUGACAGGGUGAAAGUGAUCGGCAGAGGGGCGUUUGGUGAGGUUCAGCUGGUUCGACACAAAGCCUCUCAGAAAGUGUAUGCCAUGAAGUUGCUGAGCAAGUUUGAGAUGAUCAAACGAUCUGACUCUGCCUUCUUCUGGGAGGAGAGGGAUAUUAUGGCCUUCGCCAACAGUCCCUGGGUUGUACAAUUGUGCUGUGCCUUCCAAGAUGACCGUUACCUCUACAUGGUGAUGGAGUACAUGCCUGGAGGGGACCUGGUGAACCUCACCAGUACCUACGAUGUGCCUGAGAAGUGGGCCCGGUUCUAUACGGCCGAGGUGGUCAUGGCACUGGAUGCCAUCCACUCCCUGGGUUUCAUCCACCGCGACGUCAAGCCUGACAACAUGCUCCUGGACCACCACGGACACCUCAAACUGGCCGACUUCGGAACAUGCAUGAAGAUGGACUCGACUGGGAUGGUGCACUGUGACACAGCGGUUGGCACUCCAGACUACAUCUCUCCUGAGGUUCUGAAGUCGCAGGGUGGAGAUGGUUACUAUGGACGGGAGUGUGACUGGUGGUCUGUAGGGGUCUUCAUCUUCGAGAUGCUAGUCGGUGACACACCGUUCUAUGCCGACUCCCUUGUUGGAACCUACAGUAAGAUCAUGGACCACAAGAAUUCCCUCAACUUUCCAGAUGACGUAGAGAUCUCCAAAGAUGCCAAAAACUUAAUCUGUGCCUUCUUGACAGACAGGGAGGUACGACUGGGCCGCAACGGGGUGGAGGAGAUCAAGCGACACCCCUUUUUCAAGAAUGACCAAUGGAACUUUGACAGCAUUAGAAACACGGCCGCUCCUGUGGUUCCAGAAUUGAGCAGUGACAUUGACACCAGUAACUUUGAUGAGAUAGAAGAUGACAAGGGUGACGUGGAGACCUUCCCUACUCCUAAGGCCUUUGUGGGCAACCAGCUUCCCUUCGUCGGCUUCACAUACUUCAAGGAGGACCAGUUACUAAGCGGUGUGAAUAACUCAACAGUUGUGACUGUGAACUCAACAGCCUUGAAAGGAGAGGAUAUUGUGAUGUCAGCCAAGCUGCAGAAGAAACUCCACCAGCUGGAAGAGCAGCUCAAUAAUGAGAUGCAGACCAAAGAUGAGCUGGAGCACAAGUGCAGAACUGCCACCAGUCGUCUAGAGAAAACCUCCAAAGAUCUUGAUGAAGAAGUGAGUAGCAGGAAGGCUCUGGAGUCGAGUCUGAGGCAGCUGGAGAGAGAGAAGGCUCUACUGCAGCACAAGACUGUGGAGAGCCAUCGCAAGGCAGAGAGUGAGGCAGACAGGAAACGCUGCCUGGAGAACGAGGUCAACAGCCUACGAGACCAGCUGGACGAAAUGAAGAAGAGAAAUCAGAACUCACACAUAUCCAACGAGAAAAACAUUCACUUACAAAGACAGCUGGACGAGGCCAAUGCUCUGUUGCGUGCGGAGCAGGAGGUGGCCACAAGGCUGAGGAAGGCCCAGACGGAAACAGGCAAGCAGGUGCAAGCUCUGGAGGCUGGGGGCAGAGAGCUGCAGGACAAGUGCUGCCUGCUGGAGCGCUCCAAGCUCACGCUGGAGAAGGAGUUCAUCGGGCUGCAGGCAGCACUGGAGGCUGAGAGGAGAGAACACAGCCAGGGCUCUGAGACCAUCACAGACAUGCAGGGGCGAAUCUCGGGGCUGGAGGAUGAGGUUUGGCAGGUGAGACAGGCCCUUUCCAAGGCAGAGACUGAGAAGAGACAACUACAGGAGAAACUCACUGAUCUGGAGAAGGAGAAGAACAACAAGGAAAUAGACAUGACGUACAAGCUGAAGGUGUUGCAACAGGGGCUGGAGCAGGAGGAGGCAUCACACAAAGCCACCAAGGCACGGCUCGCGGACAAGAGCAAGAUUGAGUCGAUCGAAGGCGCCAAGUCUGAGGCCAUGAAGGAUAUGGAGCAGAAGCUGCAGGAGGAGAGGGCGUCAAAGAUGCGUGUGGAGAACAGGAUGUUGGAGCUGGAGAAACAUAGCAGCAUGCUGGACUGUGACUACAAGCAGUCCCUGCAGAAACUAGACGAGCUUCGCAGGCACAAGGAGAGGCUCACCGAGGAGGUGAAGAACCUGACCCUGAAGAUCGAGCAAGAGACCCAGAAGCGCAGUCUUACCCAGAACGACCUGAAGGCCCAGAACCAGCAGCUAAAUGCCCUGAAGACCUCUGAGAAGCAGCUGAAACAGGAGGCCAACCACCUGCUGGAAAUCAAACGCAGCCUGGAGAAACAGAACCAGGAGCUACGCAAAGAGAGGCAGGACUCAGAUGGCCAAAUGAAGGAACUUCAGGACCAGCUAGAGGCUGAGCAGUAUUUUUCUACGCUGUAUAAGACCCAGGUGCGGGAGUUGAAGGAGGAAUGUGAAGAGAAGAGCAAACUCUACAAGGACAUACAGCAGUCACUUCAGGAGUUACAAGAGGAGAGGGACUCCCUGGCGGCGCAGCUGGAGAUCACUCUGACCAAAGCAGACUCGGAGCAGCUGGCUCGCUCCAUCGCUGAGGAGCAGUACUCAGACCUGGAGAAGGAGAAGAUCAUGAAGGAGCUGGAGCUCAAGGAGAUGAUGGCCCGACACAAGCAGGAGCUGGGCGAGAAGGACAUCACCAUCGGCUCGCUGGAGGAGGCCAACCGAACCCUCACCAGCGACGUGGCUAACUUGGCAAAUGAGAAGGAGGAGCUCAACAACAAACUCAGGGAGACGCUUGAAGAGCUGCAGACGUCCAAGGAUGACGAACAGCAGAUGAGCCAGAUGAAGCUCACGUUUGAGAAGCAGCUCCAGUCAGAGAGAACACUGAAGACCCAGGCUGUGAACAAGCUGGCGGAGAUCAUGAACAGGAAGGAGGUACGUGCGGCAGGCAGUCGGCGCGGCAACGACACUGACGUACGCAGGAAGGAGAAGGAGAAUAGGAAGCUGCAGCUGGAGCUGAGAUCGGAGAAGGAGAAACUUAACUCUUCCAUCAUCAAGUACCAGAGAGAGAUCAACGACAUGCAGGCGCAAAUAGCGGAUGAGAGUCAGGUACGCAUUGAGCUGCAGAUGGCCCUGGACAGUAAGGAUAGUGACAUAGAGCAGCUACGUAACCUCCUCAGCUCCGCCAACGUUUCCUCCCUGGAAUCAGCCAGUAUCAACAGUGGACCAGACUUUGAUGCGGACGACGCCUACACAGAAAUGAGACUAGAGGGAUGGCUCUCACUGCCGGUGAGGAACAACACAAAGAAGUUUGGAUGGGAGAGAAAGUAUGUGGUUGUGAGCAGCAAGAAGAUUCUGUUCUAUAAUAGCGAACAGGACAAAGAGCUAUCCAACCCCUACAUGGUGCUGGAUAUCGAUAAACUCUUCCAUGUGCGACCUGUCACUCAAACAGAUGUUUACCGUGCUGACGCCAAAGAGAUCCCCAGGAUAUUCCAGAUUCUGUAUGCCAACGAGGGAGAGUGUAAGAAGGAGCCUGAGUUCCCAGUGGAGCUGGCAAGUGGAGAGAAGUCCAGCUACAUCUGCCACAAGGGCCAUGAGUUCAUCCCUACACUCUACCACUUCCCUACCAACUGUGAGGCGUGCACCAAGCCCCUGUGGCACAUGUUUAAGCCUCCUCCUGCCCUGGAGUGCAGGCGCUGCCACAUCAAGUGUCACAAGGACCACAUGGACAAGAAGGAAGAGAUCAUCGCACCCUGCAAAGUGAACUAUGAUGUGUCCAUGGCCAAGAACUUGCUGCUGCUGGCUGUGUCGCAGGAGGAGCAGCAAGAGUGGGUGGGACGGCUGGUCAAAAAGAUCACAAAGAAGCCGCCGGCCCCUGAGCACUUUGCCCGCUCCUCGCCCCGUGUCUCCAUGAAGGUCCAGCCCAGCCAGUCCAUGAGGCGGCCCAGCAGACAGCUGCCCCCCAGCAAGAACAGAUGGCUCGACUUUGGCCUACAGGACUGGCAUUGGGAGUUAGAUGAUAUCGAUGAUGAUGCUUUUGAUUUCUGAUGAGCAGAUAGGGUAAAUCCACAGAAAGGCAUGUUGUGCAGUGAGUUUGGUUGUAUUGGAAUAGAACUCAGAUAUUCUCAGCUGAAUAUUGUCUAUUCUUAUAUUUCUCUAAGCUAUUGCCUGGUGUUCGUGUACCUGAAUUUAAGAAAUUAAAUGUGCAUGUGUUCUCGUCUUCAUAGUUGAAUGUCAGGAAAUAUUACAAACACUUUUAGGUUUCCAGGAACCCUAACACACUACUGGAUCUGAUUCCUGUGAUCGGACCCUUAAAACGCUUCCCUUUCUGGAUAUCCCUUUUCUUAUAUCAGCCUCCUACUGAACCCUGUGACCUUUUCCCUUUGA